AUGCCAAACAUAUGUUCUGAACAACUGAUUAAUCUGCUAAUGAAACCUCACGCUGUUAACUAUCCUGGAAUCUGCGGAACUGCAUUACCAGAAGUUUCUGCUGCUAAGGUGGCUUCAUUGGAUGGUAAGAACAUGCAGGCAACAAGUAAUCAUACUCCUCAGCAAAACCAGUCAGGAGUUACGUCCAUAGAAAACGAAAAUUAUUCCCAGAUCUGUCUAGACCAAUCUGCUGGCAUGAACUCAUCUUCAUCAAAAAUAAAUGUAGCUGGGAAGUCACAUUCUUCAAGCAAAGUUGAAAACCAAGCAUCAGUUGGAAUUAGUGAAGGAAAAUUAAAAUUAGAAGCUGAGCAUUUGCAAGAUCAGUUAAGCCAGCUAACCUCGACAGGGGAAUGCAUUGUGCAAAAACUGUCCUCGGGUCAUACGACUCAGCAGAAUGCUACAAAUCAUCUGGCGUUCCAAAACCAGAAUCAGGGCCACUCACAAUUACAAAGCAGCCUCUGGCCAACACAGGCAUUACCAGAAUCAUCACAACUUAAUCCCCAACCGAUCCAUGCACCUCUUGCUGAUGCUGCUGCACUUAACUGCUCACUUCCGUUUCUGGAAGCUGAUGAAUGGAUAACAAAUCCCAUGUCUAUUGCUGGGAUGUAUAGAUCAGGGCCGUUGUCUAUGUUUGGAUUACAGGACCCAUCAGCAGUUUUCCCGGAAGCAAUUAAUCCCUCUUUACCUUAUAUGAAUCAAGAUGUGUGGGAUCAUCAGAUGAGCAAUUUAAGAAUUUUAUCCCAAGCAAACCAAUUUAUUCCUUUGGCUCAGCAAGAGCCAUGUAACUUCAACUCGGGUGCAGUAAAGGAUCUAUCUGAUGAGAGCAAUGACCAAAGUGGGAUUUAUGGUUCUCUUAACGUUGACGCUGGCAAUGGUGGUGGUUCUGUGGUUGAUCCUUCUGUCUCAAGUGCUAUUCUAGAUGAGUUUUGCACAUUGAAGGAUGCUGAUUUGCAGAAUGCUUCAGAUUGUCUGGUUGGCAACCUCAGCUCAAACCAGGAUGUUCAGUCUCAGAUUACCUCAGCAAGCCUAGCAGAUUCACAGGCUUUCUCACGGCAAGACUUCCCUGACAACUCAGGUGGCACAUCUUCAAGCAACGUUGAUUUUGAUAAUAGCAAUCUGCUCCAGAAUAGCUCAUGGCAGCAAGUAGCCCAACGUGUGCGCACAUAUACUAAGGUUCAGAAGACAGGGUCUGUUGGGAGGUCAAUUGAUGUCUCAAGUUUUAAAAAUUAUGAAGAACUAUGCUCCGCUAUUGAAUGCAUGUUUGGACUUGACGGGCUGCUGAAUAAUCCUAAAGGUUCUGGCUGGAAAUUAGUGUACGUGGACUACGAAAAUGAUGUCCUACUCAUCGGUGAUGAUCCUUGGGAGGAAUUUGUCGGCUGUGUCCGUUGCAUAAGGAUUCUGUCUCCCUCAGAAGUUCAGCAGAUGAGUGAGGAGGGAAUGAAGCUUCUUAACAGCGCUAACAUCCAAGGAACAAAUGCCCCCAUCACCGAGGGUAGCCAUGCUUGA